CUAGGAUCAAAUUCAUUUGUAAUGAGUGGUGUAACAUCCUAUUCGAAUCAUCACAAUUUAAUAAUCAAGCCAGAUGAUGUAUGGCUUGCAAUUUCUACUCAAUUUUCGAAUUACGUAAAUGGAAAGUCAGAAGAAUUACGAGAGAAAUUUGUAGAUUUCAAAGGUAAAAAACAAUUAACUGUUUAUGGAGGUGGAACAUUGUAUUCUGCUGAUUAUGUCACUCUUUCGAAUAAGAUGACUGAACAAAUUGAGAUGAAUAUCAAAGAUCCAAGUAUCCGAAAUUGGAUUAUUCCAAAUUUUUCAACAACCACCAAAACUGAUAGAAUGGUUGGUUCGAUAGUAUUGAUGGCAUCGAUGAAAAAUUAUUUUGAUUAUCAGAUUAGUUUAUCUUGUAAUUUACCUAAUGUUACCUUAUUAGGAAAUGUUGAAGAUUGGAUUGAAAUUAGAGAAAGAGCCGAAAGAUUAUUAGAAUUUGAUACCAAGGAAGGAUAUAUGAGAAAAUGGGUAAAAAUACUUUUACCAAUUUUGGAUAAAUUUGUUGACUCUGCAAAAGGAAAUCCUGAUAUUGAAUGGUGGAAUAGAAUAGCUCAUUGGGAAGGUGGAGGAUCUGGACCAUCGUAUAUAAGUGGUUGGAUUACUGCUUUCUGUGUAUUUUCAGAAAAGGGUCAUUGGAAAGGAGACGAAACUUCAGUUAAACUGUUCAACAAGUCAAAGGAAAUCACAAGUGAAUGGCUAAUUAUUGACAGCGAUGAAAUACCAAGAGGUUAUGUCAAUGUACCAAUUCAAAUAGACGAUAAUGGGAUAUUGUAUAAUACUGAAAUGUUUGCUGGACAUAUGGUUUCUGAUAUUUUGAAAGAUGGAAAGACGAUUCAACCAAGAGUUGAUUGGGCUCUCUUCCUU